AUGGCCUUGCCUGGAGAAGUGGUGACUUCACGGUCCUGUGAAUUCCUCAAAGCAGGACCAGCUCCUCGAAUUGUGACGUGGCCAAAGCUUCAAGAGCAGAACUGGGGGAAACAGAGGUCUUGCGUCAAAUGGGAGGUUCUGGUGACCCAAAGGGUCCUCAACGUCCAGAACUGGAUGAGCAAACGCAGCCUAAAUCACCCCUCCCUCACCCCAGCAGAAACCUGCUGUGACCCGUGCCAGAAGCCCUGCUGUGACCCGUGCCAGACCUGCUGCAACCCGUGCCAGUCCGUGUGCUGCACCAAGGUGUGCCAGAAGUCCGUGUGCUGUGUCCCACGGCCCUGCUGCUGCCCCUGCGGGUCCCGGUGCUGCUGCUCCUACGUGGUGAAGAAGCCCGUGGUGGUUUGCUGCACCCCGGUGAAGAACUUCGCCUCCACUCCCAUCGCCAAGAUGCCCAACGGAUGCUGCGGUGGCGGAAGUAGCAGCUACACCAUGUGCUGCUACAGCAGCCCCAAGACCUGCAAGAGGCCGAUGUGCUGCAGCCCCAUGCAGUGCUGCAGCCCCUGCUGCACCCCCUGCUGCAUGCCCAUGCAGUCCUGCUGCAUGUCCAUGCCCUGCUGCUACACCAUCACCAGCAACAACAACGGCGGCUGCUGCGGCGGCGGCAACGGCGGCUGCUGCGGCGGCAACUGA